AAGGAAACAUAAGAAUUGUUGGAAAAGGAAGAGAACCGUCUAAAAUGCAACGAUUCCCAUCGUAGCGUGCAUUCUUGUUUCUUCUUCUAAGUUCUGACUUUAGAAAGCUCUCCGAUCACCGGAUAAAUAAUUCUGGUGACCGGUACGCAUACAGAAGUCAUCUAGCUUCCGUUGAUUUACGCCUUUGAAUUUAUGGAUUCACAAGAACUCCCCGAUAAUGGUAACAAGGGUUUCCUCUACAUGUUACUUCGAAUUGCUUUUGCCCUUCUUUUCCCUAUCUUCGCUUUCUUUUCCUUAUCAUUUCUAGUCGGGGUUCUUGCCAUUUUCAUGGAGGAAUUAUCAGUUUCAGAUCCGAUUUUCAUGCCCACACAGUGCAAGAUAGUUUCAAGCAGUGUGGAUAUUAGGUCGUCGAAGGUUUGUGAGCUUGGACUAUUGAAUUAUAAAGCAAAACAUGUAUUUUAUCAUUCCAUAAACAACAAAUUUAAAUGUCGACAUGAUUACUACUGGAGUUCAGUGUUCAAGGUAGAGUACAGAGACCGUUCUUUAGGUCAGAUGCAAUUUGCCCUGGCAGAGGCACCCAAUGAAGCCCUUCCACUAAGUUGCAGACCUAACUUUGGUGCUGCUUGGUUAACCAAAGAUAAGUUCAAGAUAAAUGAAACCUAUGACUGCUGGUACAUAUCUGGUAAUCCUACAGUAAAGUUGUAUAAUGAUGGUUUUUUCAGUUGCCAAGCUAAAGAUCCAUCUAUAAUCGAGAUGAUGAAGCGAUAUUUUAUCAUAUCCACAAAGAUUUUACAGUCUUGGUUUUCCAAUGAGGGGAACGCCGGAUAUUUGGGGCAGGAAAUCAUAGCUGGUAUUGUCACUGGAUUUUCAACAUCUAUAAUCACUAUCAGCUUCGUUAAAAUCCUAAAACAUAUGAAGUCCCGGUUGCCUCAAGCCAUUAACACAGUCCAUAUAAAGCGUGUUUGUUUUCUGUCGGUGUACUUUUCUGUUAUGGGUUGGUUGGCAUCCCACUAUUGGAGGAGCCUCAGUAUCCCUUUUAUUAAAGCUUUUAACUACUAGGCAUCACCUUUUUUCAAUGUGCUAUUUUCUAUUUCCCCUGGGAGUUGGUUUACAUCGACUCAUGCGCCUUUCCUCGGGGAAAGAUAUAUGCUUGAGUGGUUACCCGAUGUUUUGGGACAACAGUUGGAUGUAGCUUAUCAAGAGUACAAGGAGCAGAGAGAGAUGAAAUCGCCGUACUCAUAUUCCGGUGUAUAAUAUGUAUCACUAUAGCGGUGAGAUUCCGAGUUUCACAGUGCAUGUUCUAUUUCGAUGCUUUCAGUGUUCUGUAUGGAAGAGUCUUAUGAACAAAAUCCCUUAUUUUUUUUCUUGGUUGAGUGUGAUAAUUGGAGGUAGUACCAAAUUAUGUAACGUAUUAGGCGUUUCAAGCUAAAAGCUGAAACCAUUAUUUUACUUCAGCAAACCAUUGCCCUUUUGU